UUAUCUAUGAAAAAUGUGACGCAACCGCAUCAUUUGUAUUCGCAUAGAAACCGCAUCGUAUAGCAACCGCAUCAUUCGUACCCGAACAAACCGCAUCGUACGACAGAUGCGAGUAACGAAAUGAAUUUGUGAGUACUGAAUCGGUACUUCGAGUCAAACGAUGUACCCGUUUAACGGGUUCCCCGUUCAAUAACGAAUACAUGCGGUUUGCUCCAGCUCUAUUGUUUAUUUAUACUUUUGAAUUAAGCGCUAAGUUUAAUUUGCUGAAUUCAUGAUCGUAAAGUCCGCAUUAAAAUCCCUUUUUUUUUUCCUGAUUAAAUAUUCAAUAUAGCUUGCAUCUAUGUUCUUACUUUUGAGUAUGCGGUAUAUUUAAAUAAAGAAGUGUAGGAUUAUGACUGGUAUAAGUACUCAGGAAGGAAUAAUUCCCAACUUCUUCCUGUAUAUCACGAUCCUCGAAUGGCUCAGCUGAGUGGCUCUUUGGUUAUUCGCCAAGUCAGUUUGGAAGAUGGUGGUAAAUAUGUUUGUCUUAUUAGUAACAGUGCUGGAGAAGAAAGAACAGAAUUGCUUCUUAUUGUUACAGCUCAUCUUACUGCCCAUAUCCAACCCCAACAACAAACAAUUGAUGUUGGGAGGCCAGCCAAAUUCAAUUGCUCAUUUGCUGGACAUCCAGUAAAUGGCAUUUCUUGGAUAAAAGAUGGCAGUCCUCUGUUUGAAGAUGGUGUACGAAUCAAGCUUUUUUCUAGAGUGCUACUGACCAUCAUUUCUGUACAAAGGGAAGAUAGUGGCAUGUAUCAGUGUUUUGUUUUCAAUGAUGUUGAGUCUGCUCAGGGAACUGCUCAGCUUUUGUUAGGAGAUGCUGCACCUGUUUUUCAUUAUGUGUUUACUGAAGAAACUUUGCAGCCGGGACCAUUUAUAUCGUUAAAAUGUGUGGCUUCGGGCAACCCGUUGCCACAAAUAACUUGGACGCUUGAUGGUUCUCUGUUACCGGAGGAUCAGCGAUUUCGUGUAGGAGAUUAUAUCACAAUGCAAGGUCGUGUUGUGAGCUAUGUAAAUAUCUCUGAUGUUCGUGUUGAAGAUGGAGGGGAGUAUGAGUGUCAUGCACGAAGCACGGUGGGCAUCGUAAGCCAUGCAGCUCGGCUCAACGUUUAUGGAUUGCCCUAUAUCCGUCCAAUGAAGGACGUGUCGGCGGUCGCAGGAGAAAGCCUCAUGCUACGCUGCCACGUUGCUGGAUAUCCCAUUGACACAAUCACGUGGCAUCGAGGGAACAGUAGACUGCCCAUAAAUCGUCGGCAAGAAGUCUUUCCUAAUGGCACAUUAAUUAUUCAGGAUGUGCAAAGAGGAGUAGACGAUGGGACCUAUAAAUGUAAAGCUUGGAAUAAGCAAGGGCAAAAUGCUUUUGGCACUGUGCGUGUUCAUGUGAUGGUGAGGCCCGUUAUUGAUCCAUUUUUGUUUCCCAAAAACCUUCAAGAAGGUAUGCGCUCCCGCCUUGUUUGUACUGUGAUUCAAGGGGAUCCCCCCUUUGUCAUCAGCUGGAAAAAAGAUGACAGGCCCAUUGAACCUGGCCUUGGGGUUGUCAUUCGCAAUGAUGAAUUUUCCAGCGACUUGACAUUUUCCAGUGUUACACCUCGUCACAAUGGAAACUAUACUUGUAUUGUUAGUAAUGCUGCUGCCUCUGUCAGUCAUACUGCUAUGCUUGUUGUGGAUGUUCCUCCUCGGUGGCAUGUGGAACCUCGGGAUACCUCUGUUGUUUCUGGGCGAAAUGUGCGCAUUGAUUGUUUAGCAGAUGGUUUUCCUGCACCUGUGAUAACGUGGGAGAGGGGCUCAGCCAACUCUCCUCGCCACUAUUCCGCCAUAGCCAGUGGGCCUCACUAUGAGGUCUACGCCAAUGGUUCCUUGCUUAUUAAAAAUGCCCAAGAAGAUGAUGCUGGGUAUUAUUUGUGCCAAGCAAGCAAUGGCAUUGCUUCUGGCCUUAGUAAAGUAGUCUUCCUUACUGUUCAUGUGCCGCCAAGUUUUGAAAACAAGUUCCGGAGCGAGACAGCACGCAAGGGUGAUGUCGUGAGACUGAAAUGCGAGGCGUCCGGAGAUCAUCCGAUGACAAUCGCUUGGAACAUUGAUAAACAGCCGCUCACUCCUGCCGAGGACCCGCGUAGGUAUGAUCUAAAGGAAUUGGUGGACAAAAAACGCAUGUCCUCUGAAAUUACAAUCAAGUCUGCAGAGAGGAGGGACUCUGCCCUUUUUACGUGCCUUGUUAGAAAUGCAUUUGGUCAAGAUGAUAUGAAUAUUCGACUUAUAGUACAAGAGCCGCCUGAGCCUCCACGUGAUGUACGUGUACUUGAACACAAAAGUCGCACAGCCAAAAUUUCCUGGUCUUCUCCAUUCAAUGGAAAUAGUGCCAUUAUUAGAUAUUUAGUACAAUGUAAAUCAGAAUCGGGUGAUUGGGAUUCGGGGAUACAAAAUAUCACUACAGGGAGUGAAGAAUCUAGUAUUACUCUUCGUGGACUUCGUCCUGCAAGAACCUAUUAUUGUAGGGUUAGAGCAGAAAAUUCUGUUGGUCUUGGGGAUCCUAGUGAAGCUGUCACUGUUGUUACUGCAGAAGAAGUUCCUGGAGGACCUCCUUUAGAAGUAAAAGCAGAAGCAGUUGAUUCACAAUCUGUUAGAGUUACCUGGAGGCCUCCAGAUAUAGAGUUAUGGAAUGGUCCCAUUAAAGGGUACUAUGUUGGUUACAAAGUAUAUGAUUCCAAAGACUCCUACCUAUACAAAACUUUGGAAGUUGGACAAGGUACAAGAGAAGAAGUGUUACUAACCCAGUUACAGAAAUAUACAAGUUACAGUGUGUUAGUACAAGCAUACAACUCAAUGGGUGCAGGACCUCGAUCUGAUGAGGUCAUAGUUCGAACCCUUGAAGAUGUUCCUGGUCAGGCACCAAGAGACAUAAAAUGUAUGUCUCCAACAUCUCAAAGCUUACACAUAUCGUGGAGUGCUCCCCCAUCCUCCUCUAUCCAUGGAAUCCUUCAAGGAUAUAAAAUUCUUUUUCGGCCAGCAGAAACACUUGCAGGAGAUGAAGAAUAUGAAGAAAGGACGGUUUCAGAUCAAGAGAUCAAGUUAACAAAUUUACAUAAAUUUACUAAUUAUACUGUGAUAAUCAUGGCUUUUACUCAAAAGGGUUUUGGAGUUCGAAGUGAUCCCAUUUUUUGUUCCACACUUGAAGAUGUUCCCGGGCCGCCUGCCGAUAUCAAAGCUGUUGUUAUGUCUUCAGAUACUAUUCUUGUUAGCUGGAAGCCUCCUUUACAUUCAAAUGGUUUAAUUACUAAGUUUACAUUAUACUGGCGUAGCUUAGCCGGUGGUGCCAAGAAUGAAUCUGUUAUUCGUGUUCCAUCCAACCAGUAUCAGUACAAAGUGUCAGGACUACCAGAUCGCUCACGCCAUGAGUUUUGGGUUACUGCGUCAACAGCCAGAGGAGAAGGUGAACCUACAAGAGUUGUGUCACAAACAACAAGUAGCAGAGUUCCUGCUAGAAUAAUGGAUUUUGGAGAAAAUAUCAUCACUGUUCCUGGAGACAAAAUUGUUCUUACAUGUCAAGCUGUUGGUUCUCCUGUUCCAAAGAGAGAGUGGAAAGUUCGGGGUGAACCCCUUCCUAAAAUGCACAGGCUUGAAGUGCAUUCAGAUGGUGCACUUGUGAUAAGAAAGCUGCAAGUAUCUGAUUCCGGGAAUUACUCUUGUCGUGUCCAGAACAGGCAUGGAGCAGAUGAAAUCAUAUAUGCACUUUCAGUUACAGACUUUCUAUAUACAGAACCAGUGCCAUCUCAUGUGCCGCAAGUGAAGGUUUUAUCUACAACUGCAACAUCUGUUUUGUUAGAACUGCCACAAUCCAGAGAGCGAGCUAUUGUUAGAGGGCAUGAAUUACAUUUUAAACCAGAAGGGGGAGAAUGGCAGCAGCGACGACUUCUUAGCAAAAAUCAUACUUAUAAAUUAGAGGGCUUGGAAUGUGGAGUCAAAUAUCAGCUUUAUGUAGUUCCUUUAACAAGUGAGGGAAAAGGAGAGAGGAGCAACCCCAUAUCAUUUAAAACUCAAGGUUCUGCUCCUGUAGCACCAAAGCAAGAGGAUAUGAUUUUUGCAAAUUCAACUCACCUUGUCUUGCAUUUGUCAGCUUGGCAAGGUGGUGGCUGCCCCAUUACACGUAUGAGUAUUGAAUAUCGACCUCAUAGCCAUAGUCGAUGGACUGUACUGACAGAUCAUGCAAACCCAGAACAACAACAUCAACUUGUAGUACCAGAUUUAGCUGCUGAAACUUGGUAUGUCGUGAAAGUUAUUGCCUAUAAUGGAGCUGGAUCAACCACUGCAGAAUAUGAUGCUAUUACUCUUACUAGUACUAAUGCUUUUCCUGUCCCAGAUCAUGGAACUCAAGGCCACAUGCCAUCUGCAACUUCAUUUUUUGAGGACACUACUACUCUUGUUUCAAUGGCUUCAUCUGGUGUAGUUCUUAUUGCAGGCAUUGUUGCUGUGGUAUGUUUGGUUAUGUACAAAAGAAGACGAAAUACUGGUCAUCAUUACAGAGAAGCAGCUUCAAGAGCUGAUGUUGCUACAACAACAGCUCUAAUGGCACACAUGGAUAAAAAAACUGGACGGUCAGAAUCCAGUCGACAUGGUCAUGGGCAUAGUCAUAGUCAUAGCUCACACAACCAACAAAGCCAUAAUAACCGAGAUCUCCCGUCCUAUUUCUCUUCCCCUGUUCGAAAAGUGGCACCCACCAAUAAUGCUCCUCAAUCACGUCAAAAUAGUCAACAAGCUGGACCUUCUACAAGUCAUUCCUCUCAUUCUGUUCCAGAGUAUGAGGAUGAAAUAGCUCCCUAUGCAACAUUUCAACUUCCUGGACCCCCUGCUGAAGAAGAGAAUGGAGAAACAGAAGAAUUUAAAACUUUUAGUGUUCAUCAUGGAGAGCCCCCUUAUUUAACUAAGACCAGCUUAGAUCCUCCAUCAAGUAAAAGCGGCAAAGCAAGUGAAGAAUUAUAUCAAAGUCAAGCUCCUAACAGUCACAGCCUUACAUCUGGCUCCUCUAAUCAAGAAGAGUUGUUACGAGCAUAUGAAUAUGCUCGACGACAUCCUCCUCCUCCUAUUCAGUAUGAUGGUGGCCACAACAGAGGGCACAGUCACACGAGUGGCACAGGUACAACAGAGUCAGAAGCAACUGAUCCUGGUAUUCGUCAGUUUAGUGGUACUCCUCCCAAACCAAAUGAACGGCGUCAAGGAGCAUGCCUUACCCCUGGGACACAAACAGGUGCUUCAGUGCAAAACACAGAUUCCAGCACAUCAGAUGAAGCAACUCCUGUUAAUACUCCUCAUCAAGCCAGAAUUAUUCCUACAGGGUUUGGGGCCUUGCCCAGGGAUAGAGGUCGGACAUCUUGGGGAGGGCAGAAAGGUCGAAGUCAGUCUGGUGCCAAGAAAUCAAGUUCCAAAGGAAUUAAGAAAGGGCUUUCCAGCGACGAGAGUGACAGUGAAGGAACUAUUUAUACUUUCAGCCGAGCUGAUACUGCUGCUCUCCGUGGAAGCUCUGGUAAUGAUCAGUCAGAAACGGAGUGUGACAAAGAUAGGAUAGCAAGACUAGGUCGAGGUUUUCCACGUAGGCCACCUCAACGGUCGCAAGCCAAAUCUGACAUCAUAGACUGCUGACCAGAAAAAAAAAUUAUGUAUUGGUCGAAGAGUUGUGAUCUGCCCUCCACAUUGGAGAAAAAUAAUCAACUCUGCUGAUCAGUUGAACGGGGCAAAAGGGCCCCAAGCAAAGGGACCCAUGUUCCCGGUUACGCCCGUCCGGCGACUCCUUCCGUAGAUUAGGGUUGCCACCCUGUGGGUUAUAGGUGCGAUGAACAAUGACAUGGAAUCCAGUAGCUUAACCACCUAUUCUGUUACUGUGUACCAAAAAUGCAAAUACAUCUAUUCUGUUGUAAUUAAAUUUCUAUUACAAAAUUUU